AUGGUAAACCCUAAGGAAACGCCUUCCAAGGCAGCUGCCAGUGCACUAUCAGACCUAGAAUUGAAAGACGCCAAAAACAACCUGGCCAGCACGCUAGACGCUGUGAGCGAGCAGACUGAACAGACUGAACAGACCGAGGCUGGAGCGGAAACUGAAGGGCUCAAGAGCCAGCUCAGCAAAGCUGCCGCAGAACACCACCAGUUUCUGCGUUCCCAUCAGGUUCAUCGCCAUAAACUCAAGGAAAUGGAGCGUAACGAACCCUUGCUCAUGGAAAACAAACGCAGAUUCGUGCUAUUCCCCAUCAAAUACCAUGAGAUCUGGCAGGCGUAUAAGCGGGCCGAGGCGUCGUUUUGGACGGCAGAGGAAAUCGACCUGUCCAAGGAUAUACACGACUGGAACAAUCGCAUGAACGAAAACGAGCGUUAUUUCAUCUCGCGUGUUUUGGCGUUUUUCGCGGCCUCGGAUGGGAUCGUCAACGAAAACUUGGUGGAGAACUUCUCUGCAGAGGUGCAAAGCCCCGAGGCCAAAUGUUUUUACGGGUUCCAAAUCAUGAUGGAAAACAUCCAUUCCGAGACUUACUCUUUGCUAAUUGACACCUACAUUAAGGACCCCAAGGAAAACGAAUUUUUGUUCAACGCCAUUGAAACCAUCCCACAGAUUAAAGAAAAGGCCGAGUGGGCUAUAAGGUGGAUCAAAGAUGAAGAAGCACUUUUCGCCGAAAGAUUGGUUGCGUUUGCCGCCGUGGAAGGUGUAUUUUUCUCUGGAUCGUUCGCAGCCAUUUUCUGGUUAAAGAAAAAGGGUCUAAUGCCAGGGUUGACUUUCUCCAAUGAGCUCAUCUGCAGAGACGAAGGUCUGCAUACGGAUUUUGCAUGCUUGCUGUUUGCGCAUUUGAAAAACAAACCAGACCCCAAGAUCGUGGAAAGAAUUAUUACCGAGGCUGUUGAAAUCGAACAGAGAUAUUUUAGAGACGCUCUACCCGUAUCGCUGCUGGGCAUGAACGCAGACCUCAUGAACCAAUACGUGGAAUUUGUCGCAGAUAGAUUGCUAGUGGCUUUGGGUAACGACAAAUUCUACAACGUUUCGAAUCCCUUUGAUUUUAUGGAAAACAUUUCUCUUGCCGGUAAGACCAACUUUUUCGAGAAAAGAGUAUCGGACUACCAAAAGGCUGGUGUUAUUGCCAAAUCGUCAAAGACCGAAACAGAAGGCGACGGGUUUACUUUUGACGAGGAUUUUUAA